AGAGGUACCCUUGUCCCUCUCUCGGUGUAAAUGGCGAGGGUCGAAGAGAACGGCUUGGAUAAUCUCCGAGAAAAAGAAGAAGAAGAGAAGAAACCGCAGCAAUCAGGUUCCGAACAGAGAAGAUUGGAUAUGGAAGCCCAACCUGAAACUCAAACUUUGAAUGACAUAGGAUGGUUUAUUCUCGGUGAUAAUCAGCAACAUCUUGGCCCCUACGCAUUUUCAGAGUUGCGCGAGCAUUUCUUAAAUGGCUACUUCACCCACACUACAAUGGUCUGGUCACAAGGAAGAAUCGACUGGCAGCCGCUGUCCUCAAUUCCUGAUUUGGCUUCCCAUAUAACUUGCCACUCCCCACCAAAUCCAGUGCCCCCCAGUGAUACCGAUGAUGGCUUUGAGAAAUGGCAGACGCAGAUUUCUGAGGCAGAAGCAGAUAAUGAUAGACCUUCCACACCACCGGAGGGCGUGGAAGAAUUCAUUGAUGAUGAUGGGACACAAUAUAAGUGGGAUCGGGGUCUUAGGGCUUGGGUUCCUCAGGAUAGCAUCUUUCGGGUAGAGGAGAUGACUUUCUUGCAAGAAGAGGAAGUUGUCAUGAACACUAAACUUUCCAACGACUCGUCAAGGGAGGAGGUUAAUGCAAUUGGAAAUUCUGCUGAUACUUCUAAAGAGGAAGACACUAAUGUUAACCCUGAGGUAGAAGAAGUGAAUACAAAUUCAAAGAGAAAAUUGUCAGAUAAGGAAGAUAUCAAAAAGGAAGCUAAUAAACCGCCUGAUAGUUGGUUUGAGCUAAAGGUCAAUUCACACAUUUAUGUGACUGGAUUGCCUAAUGAUGUUACAGUUGACGAAGUGGUAGAGGUGUUUUCUAAGUGUGGGAUAAUAAAAGAGGAUCCUGAAACAAAAAGGCCUCGUGUGAAGCUGUAUACGGAUAAAGUAACUGGAAAGAUAAAGGGAGAUGCACUUGUUACGUAUCUAAAGGAGCCCUCAGUUGAUUUAGCUCUGAAAAUUUUGGAUGGAACACCUCUGCGUCUUGGUGGUAAGGUUCUCAUGUCAGUCACCCGAGCUAAGUUUGAGCAGAAAGGGGAUAGUUUUAUUGCCAAACAAGCAGACAACAAGAGAAAAAAAAAAUUGAAGAAGGUGGAAGAGAAGAUGCUUGGCUGGGGUGGCCGUGAUGAUGCAAAACUGUUGAUUCCAGCCACUGUUCUUCUUCGUUAUAUGUUCACGACUGCUGAAAUGAGGGAAGAUGAAAACUUAUGUACAGAAUUGCAGGCAGAUGUUGAAGAAGAAUGUCAGAAGCUUGGUCCUGUGGACUCAGUCAAGGUUUGUGAAAAUCAUCCCCAGGGUGUUGUUUUGGUAAGAUUCAAGGAUAGGAAGGAUGCUCAAAAGUGCAUAGAGUUGAUGAAUGGAAGAUGGUUUGGUGGUAGGCAGAUACAUGCAAGUGAGGAUGAUGGCAUAACUAACCAUGCUUCAGUUCGGGAUCUGGAUGAUGAUGCCGAACGCUUAGAGCAGUUUGCUUCGGAACUUGAUGUGUGAGUGAGUUUUGUGUCAGUCAUGCUAGUCAUAUAUCUUUGGAUUAUGUUGUAAAAAAAAAUUCAGCCAUGUUGUUAGGGACUGUUACCUGUGGGGUUUUGACUUUUGACAUGUGAAAAGCCAUACAUAUCCCAGAGGUCCGACUACUAUCGAGUGUGGGCACUAGUGUAUAUUAUGGCCGUGGUGAAUGUUACAUACAUUUGCAUAAUUUUGAUAUGUGAAAAUUUUAAGAAUGGUACCUGACAAAUGUACCACUCUAAUUUAAGGAUAAUAUAGUUUGGACAAUUUUAAAACAAUACACGACGUUUGAAUUCUACCCAAUAAUUAUACACAGUCAAACUCUGUUAGUUUUAAUACUGUUUAUUUGACAAAGGUAGUUAUGUUUCUUUGGAUUCCCGUGGAUUCACACGCCAACUCUUCUUAAUUCUCUCUAAAACAAAAACCAUACGG